AUGUCGGUGCAAAGCAUCACCGAUGACCUUUCUAGCUGGCUUCGACAGGUGCCUGAUCGCCUGAGAAUUGAUUUUGCUUCUCUUGACACUCACAUUAAUCGUGAAACCGUGUCAAUCAAUUUGCACUUCUAUUCCUGUAUCAAUAUGACGGCCAGACCGCUUGUUUUCUACAUCAUUCAGAGGCGUCUUGAUGCAGGGGUCUUUGGAAGCUCCACUGGUGAUUGGAAAGAAGGUCUUGCCACGAACACAGUUGCUGUGAUCGAGAGCUGUAUCACGGCUGCUCGUGCCACAAUUGUGAUCAUGGAUGCAGCUGCGAAACAUAACUUGGUCGCUACGUAUGGCUACCUGGAUGGCGAGUACAUUUUUUCUGCAGCUCUUUUGCUAGUCAUGGUGAAUGCUGCAUUUCCACACAAUGAGACUAAUAUGCGGGCGAUGGAGACAGCACUACGAUUGCUUCAUAGUAUGGCUGACCGAGGUAACACUAACCUAGAGGCGCGCCACUCCUUGCUGCUAGAGCUACGCGCAUCCAUUGAGCCUCGGCCUAUGGCGAUUGCCCUCAAUACUACUAGCGUGUCAGAUGGUGAUGCUACCCAAAAGAGCGACCGAACUAUCCAUUCGGACUUGAUCAACGAUACCGAGACGCAAGGCUCAUCAAUGGACGAAGACUGGUACCACUCAUCAGAUUUGCCUUCUUUGCAAGAUAUUUCUUUUCAGUUCGACCUCAACGACGACCCCGGUCUUUGGGAGGGAGCAUUGAACCAGAUCGAUAUUGAUAUGGAUACAGACUGGAUUGAAAACACAUUAAAACGAAAGGAGUGA